UGUUGGGAGUGGAAAGAACAUAUGUAUCUCUGCUGCUCUGAUGGGGUGGCCCUGUGUGGCUUGCUGCGGGUGGGGAUCCUGGCUCUUGCUCAGCCCUUACGGCGUUUGAAUGUGUUGUCUUGGUACUCCGCACAAGGUAGCCUUUGAACUGCUUGCUAAUGGGAAGCCACCUCCUGGAAGUUUAAUAGGUGAAUAUGUUUAGUUGGUUAAAUUUUAACCAGUGAUUAGAAAUAUGAACGGACAGAAGUAAAGUUGGGGAGCCUCAUCCUGCUGGAGGCACAGUGGUGGCAGCAGGGUCUAGGGAAGGAUGCUCACUUCUCCCCGACCUUAAGCCCAGGGUUUCCGCUGUUCCCGCGGCCCAGGGCCUCCCCUGGCGUGUGGGUGACGCGAUGCUUUCUUUGACAGGUUCUGCUUUAGAUCUGCGUCUUGGUGACAUAAAUAUUGCAUCCCUAGAUAAAGACCUGGAGGAGCAGGACAGCCGUGACCUCGGAGGGUCAGGUUCCCGGUCGCUGGCUGGCUCGGCACCUGUCACCAUCCCAGGCUCUCUGCCCCGCUCCCCGUCCUUGUACUCAUCCUCAUCCCUGUCCACCUCCCCGCUCAGCUCGCUAUCUCAGUCGCUGUCAGGGCCACUUGUCUCCACGGCCAUGACGCCCCCCCAGCAGCCGCCGCCCCUCAGGUCGGAGCCCGGCGCUCUGGGCUCCUCGACCUCGUCCUACAGCUCCCUAGGCUUGAACGGUGUCCCUGGGAGCAUCUGGGACUUUGUUUCUGGCAGCUUCUCUCCCAGCCCGUCCCCCAUCCUGAAUGCAGGCCCCACACCCUCAAGUGCAAGUCCAAAUGGUGCUGAACUGGCACGGGUCAGGCGGCAGCUGGAUGAGGCCAGGAGGAGGAUUAGGCAAUGGGAGGAGUCCUGGCAGCAGGUGAAGCAGGCCUGUGACGCGUGGCAACGAGAGGCUCAGGAGGCCAAGGAGCGCGCCCGUGUGGCAGACAACGACCGGCAGCUGGCACUGCAGAGGAAGGAGGAGGUGGAGGCCCAGGUGAAACAGCUGCAGGAGGAGCUCGAGAGCCUGGGCCUGUCGUCCUCACUGUCUGGGCUGCGGAGCUGUGGUGACAUCGGCACCAUCCCUCUGUCCAAGCUGCACUCCCUGCAGAGCCAGCUGCGCCUGGAUUUGGAAGCUGUUGAUGGGGUGAUCUUCCAGCUCCGUGCCAAGCAGUGUGUGGCCUGCCAGGAGCGGCCCCAUGGUGCCACACUGCAGCCCUGCCAGCACCGGGUUCUCUGUGAGCCAUGCGCAGCCGGUGCACCUCCUGAGUGCCCCUACUGCAAGGGCCAGCCCCUGCAGUGGUGACCCGCAGCCAGAGGCCAUGCCCGCCUCCUGGUGAGCAUUGCCUGAGGAGUCUAGCCCAGCACUUGAGGACGCAGCAUCGUUGUUCAACCUGGUGCCACCGACAGGACCGCACUAUGGGCUCAUGUCCACUCCUAACCUGACAGCCCUUUGUAUUACGUAUGUUUAUCUACUGUGUUCUACUGACAGUUUCAAGGUAUUCUCCUGAAAGAUGGCAACAGCAAACCCACAGACACAGCUGUCUAUUUCCGCAGGGCUCAUGGUGUGCGAUCUGGGUGGGCAGAGUCAGCAGGCAGUAUAAUCACAUCAGUUCGCAAUCCUGACUCUACUGUGACUGGGCCACUGGGAGUUGGGGUCUCGUCAAAAGCACUUUGUACACCAAGAACUUUAGUUAGACAUUACAAAUUGCUAUAAGCUGCUUCCUAGGUUCAUGUUUUUUAAUAUGCGACAAUAUGAAGCUUUAUAUAUGUGUACUGUGAAAUUAAAAUAUUUCCUAUCAGUUUAUGUUAAUUCAUAGUACAGUAAAUAUAUUAGAUUUCAUAUUCUGAAACUAGUACUUAUGAAAUGAACAUUUAUCUAGUAGUGAGAAAUACCUAGGGUUUUUACAGUUUUCAAAUUAAGUGCAAAUAGUAUUUAUAAGCAGAGUGAUUACUGAAAAACACAUAUACAUUUAGAUGUUUUUAAUUUUAUGGAAGGAACUAAUUUCCUAAACAUGUGCAUGUGCACAUAUCACUGGAAUUUUUAUUCCAGUAUUGUGAAAUGACAUUGAGAGCCCUAUCAUGUAUUUAUGUGAUCCGUGGCCACUUUUCUAAGUGCCUGUGCCUUGCAAAAGUGAAGGGAACAAUUCAUUUGGUUUUAUUUUCUCCCUGAAACUCUGAAAGACAAUUUGAUACUAACAAAAAGUUUAACAGAAGGGAUCAGAUAUUAGAGGUUUUUAACUUUUUUUUUUUUUUUUGGCUGGCUGGUACAGGGUUGGAACCCUGGACCUUGGUGUUAUCAGCACCACGCUCUAACCCGCUGAGCGAACUGACCUAUCCAUUAACUUUUUGGGAUGCUGUAUCCUGAGUAGUUAGUUGGAUCUGUAGCGGGCAUUGGUGCUUUGUACCUUCUCAGCGAUGUCGCUGGGCUCACACUGGGGGCGGGUAGCUGGGAGUCAGGAGACUUGCUGUCUCUCUGCACCUGUGGCCGCGUGUGACUCCUGCUGAUGUGAGAGAUGCUUGAGCGGCCAUGUAUCCCAUAGUCCAGGGCACCAGUCUGGCCGACACCGUCUCCUGAUCUGUAUGUCAGUUAUUAUCAAAGAGUUCGUCCAUGUAACCUGUGAGGCUGGACAAGAGGACCCUGCCCCCAGAGCCUUGGUGGCCUGGAGCGUGCUGAGGAAUUGGCCCCCAGGUCUCGGCUCCACUGUAGUCCCUCCGCCUGUCAGCUCCUGGAGCAACAGCCUGGCCUUAGGCCUGCAGCAGAAAUGUUCCUGAGAAUGUGUCUUGUGAGGACCCAAGCCUUCUCUGGUCAGUAUUGGGACUGUCCUGGAAAUCCGGGGAGAAGGAGCAGAUGUCUGUAGCCUUCCAGACCUGGCUCUCCGCAUGACAGAUUGGGACCGUCAUCCAGGGCUGCUAGCAGGAGCAGGCCAGCCCCUCUGCCUGGAGGUGAAUUGGCCACCUUUCCACCCACCUGGGGCUUUGCCAAAGACUUUAAUAGCAUUUUUUUAAAAGUGCAAAGUGACUAGGUAAAAACUUUCGUCAGUGACCAAAUUAGAAUGUAUUUAACAUAGUAGGUUUAAAAACAUUUUUUAAUAUAAGACAAAUUGAUAGAAAAGUUGUCAUUUUAAAGGAAGUGGAUCCAUGACAUUCCGCAGCUAGUCCGCUAUUAAAGGUAACUAUUGACUUGGUUUUAGUGAACCUAUUUUGGUUUUAAUUAUGGUGGUGAUGAUUUAUUAUUAGCUCAGUACCUAGAAAUUACGUAUAUUUUGUGCUGUUAUCACUGGUUUAAAACUUAUUUUUAUUAAUAUUUAUGCACUUGUUUCCCACUUGAGACCUUUGGUCUUUUUUGGGAUAACAGGACAAUGUUUAUUAUUGGUAUCUAGCCUAGACUUUUUCAAAUUAUAAACAAGAACAAUACGCUUUAGGUCUGUCUAUAAGCUACUCCGGUUAGUUCUGUGGAAUCUGGCUGGCGCUCCACUCCUGGGCGUGUCUCCAGGGCUCACAUUCCGGGGGUGGAGUGGAGUUGGGGGCCUGGGGUGCCAGCUGCUUGCAGGGGUCCCCAAGUCCUCUGGGGACCAGGUGGGCUCUGUGCACAGGUGUACAGAGGACCAAAGGAUGCCAGAACUCCUGGGCCAUGGGCGCCUUUUGGUCAGUAACUGCCGCAGAGCCCUGGGGGCUGCCCACAGUGGGUCCAACCCUACCCAUUUGUGGGGUUGAUCCCAGGCGAGCAAGGAGCAUAGCAAUGGGUGGGAGGUGCUGACAGCACCCCCCACCCCCACCCCCCGGCCCUAGAGGCUGAGAUGGGCUCGUGGUCUGGUCCGUGGGUGACAAGGGUGGCUGCCGGAGGCAGGGUCAACCGGCCAAGCCGCUGUCCUUGUUGCCUGCCCUCUCACCUCUCUGUGUUAAUUAUUAGUGGUAACGUGAUGGUGUCACAUGUUCCCAUGACUGUGGUCAGCUAGAGAUCUUCACUGGGUGUGGACGCUUCGAGAAGAUUAACUUAUGGAAGUCCCUGACAUGUGUUUGUUUUGCGUACUUAGAUGAGAAUGUUAUUUGAAUGGAAUUUUCUUAACCCAGAAGGUAGUAUUUAUGAUGCAUAAUCAUUUACUUGUAGCAAAUUGUUUAAAGUUGUUAACACUUGUUUAAAUUUUUUUUACACAAUAGCAUUUAUGCAAACGGUUUACAGAAUUCAUGGAAUUAUUUUUAUCAAUAUGGGAAUUAAUUAAAACUUGGAAUCUUUA